AUGCUAAAGGUAAUCUUUACUUAUGGAUUUCUUAUAAAUCUUGUAGCUUCUUUAGCAGAAACUGACUUACCAGAUAAUAUGAAUGCAAUUCUCAUCAAAUGCCCUAAAAAUAAUUUAAAUCUAACUUGCGAAACCCACUUAAUUGUUAAUAUCCAUAUGAACCCAAGCUUUGACUUGGAGAAAUCGGAAAAGUUUUGGGUGGUCGAUAAAGUUUUCGAUCCAUCUAAAGGAACAACAUCAAAGAUAAUAUCUCCUUAUUUACUAGUGGUCGGCAGGGGCGAACCGGUUGUGAUGUAUCCUCUGCAGUUUUUUAAAACAAUUAAUCAAAAUAAAAUCAGCAAGAAGCCCUUAGAAAAAGAGGAUAGUACUUCGGAUAUUGGAGUCUCUGCAUCUUGUGCUAAUAAUGAGCAAAAUCUUGAAACAAAUAUGAAAGGAGUUGAGCUGGAGAUGAAUUCAUCAAGAUUAAAGAGAAAUCAGCUUUCAGCUUUUCCCCAAAGAAAAUCGUUUCUAUCAAACUUAUUCGGUAAGGAAAGGCUAGAAAUGCCCCGCCAAAUUUGGAAUAUGAAUACGAAAAAUAAAGAUAAUCCAAAUGAUAUAUCAAGCCUAGGACUUGUUCAAGUUAUGGAUACGGCUUCUACAAAAAAUCCCCUAGAAAUUCCUGGGGAUAUCUUUCAGUUACAAAAAGAUUAUCAGUUACUAAAGUCGAUUCCAGAUUUUAAUCAAAAACCGAAAUUCGAAGAUCGCUCAAAACAUAAUGGAAUUGAAAGCAAGCCAAGGUUCGACAUUAAGAAUAUUAACACUCAAGACAAUAGUGAUAUACGAUAUUUUAGUGAGGACUUGAAGCAUCAUGAUCAUCAUUAUACUGAGGGGAACCUUAAAAGACAGCAUCACAAUUUCAAGACCCCUGAAGAAGAGUCUGCCCUGGAUUUAAAAAAACAUGAUCCACAAAAUAAUGAAGCCAAACCUGAGAAAGAGUAUACAAAUAACAAAACUCCUGAAGAUGAAUCAGAACCGGAUUUAAAUAACCAAAAUCCGGAACAUAUUGAAAGGCAUUAUGAGAAAGGCACCAUGAGAAAGGGUACACAAAUUUCAAAACUCAUCAGGAUGAAUCUAUGCCAGAAUAUAUUAAAGAGCAUCAUGAGAAAGGGUAUACAAAUUUCAAAACUCCUGAGGAUGAAUCUGGCCCAGAACAUAUUGAAGGGCACCUUGGGAAAGGGUAUACAAAAUGCAAAACACCUGAGGAUGAAUCUUUGCCAGAACAUAUUGAACAGCACCAUGAGAAAGGGUAUACAAAUUUCAAAACUCCUCAGGAUGAAUCUAUGCCAGAACAUAUUGAAGAGCACCAUGAAAAAACUCCUGAGGAUGAAUCUGGACCAAAACAUAUUGAAGGGCACCAUGAGAAAGGGUAUCCAAAUUUCAAAAGACCUGAGGAUGAAUCUAUUUGAUCGAUUCAGAGAGGAAGCUAGAAGGAAAAAAAUUCAAAAAACAUUUGAAAAUGAUUAUGUGCCACCUGGUAAAACUCAGAUGAAGGCAGAUAAUUUGUCCCAUAAAAAGGAAUCUGAAAGCAAGAAAUUUGAAAAUCCAACUAAAAGUCUAUCUCAUGAAAAUAAUAUUAAGCCCCAUUUUGAUGCUCCUAUGAAAAGUCUAUAUAGCGAAGAGUUUUUAAUGGGUACAAAAUACGAUUACACAAAUUUACCUUCAGAUAAUACAAAGGACUUUUCGUGGACUCAGGGAACUAUUGGUGACGAAACCUUAGAUUUUAUUAUAAACCAACACAUGAACCAAAAACUGCCAAAUUUCGACUCCAACUAUAAGAUCAACCCAUACUCAACUUACCCAAAGAAAGAUUUUGCCAGAUCGGUACCCUCCUUACCAAGAUCUCGAAAAAGGAGUAAGCGAAGUAAAACUCCAGAGGAAGAUAUAGAAAAUAGUGAUGAUUCUCAAUCAGAAUCUCUGGAUCAGAAUGAAGCUAGCGAUUCUGAUUCUAUGAAAUCUAUAGAGGAUAAUGGUGACAUUCCAUGCGAUACUUGUGGGGGUAAAAAUAAAAAGAAAGGAGAGAAGAACCCAUCAAGAUAUUGCAGUGCUGCUGCAGAACCAAAAAGCCAAGAAACUAAAAUGGAGGAUGUUAUUCCCAAACUUAAUGAUGUCGUGCCAUGCGAUACUUGUGGUGGCAAAAAUAAGAAACCUGAUGGAAAACCAAUACCACCAGACAUGCCAUCUGAAAGUAAGCUAAGAAAACCUAAAAACGAAGAGAACAGGCUUCCGGACGAUAUGAUACCAUGUGAAGAUUGCAAGAAGGACAGUAAAUGUAGAGAUGGAAACCUAAAGUCUGCAUCCUGUGGCUGUAUAAGCAAUCCAAGUGUAUGUGAUUGUCAGUCCUCUAAGACAUCAAGAGCCUCGAAUUCUAAUGCAAACGACAAGGGCUAUACAGUUUUUAGUUUAGAAAAUCCUGUUCCAUUUUUAACGACUAAACUGCGUGUUUUUAGAAGACGCCACAAUACUUGGUGGAGAGUCCUUCCAAUAGUUAAUCUCGAUACUGUAUCAGGAAUAUAUGCAAAUAAAGAUCUAUCUGCUGUACUAAUUUCUCAUGUUGAUAUGAUAAGCUUGGAGAAAUCAACAGGUUUUUCAAAUCGAAAACUUGUGGUACCCAAAAUAAUUGAUAGAACGAUUGCUAAGAAAAGACAUCUUAGUGUCUUGAAAGAAUUGCACAAUAGCAUUGGCAAUAGUUUUCUGCUUGAUAUAUCCAGUAAGGAUAAGGACAUAUCCAUUGAGGAUAUUAAGAACUAUAUCAAUUUAAAUAGAGAAAAAGAGAAGAAAAAGGGAGGCUUAACAACAAGAAGUAUCAAAGGAUUGGGAAACUUUCCAGUUUCCAUGAAUGCCUUGGAGAAUUGUCCUCAUAAAGACAAGCACCUUUGCCUAAAUAUUCUGGAAGAAAAAGUUCCAGAAUUCAGUAUAAAAGUCAAGAUUCCCUUUCGGGAAAAUGCUCUUGUCAUGCGAAACAAGCAUUUUGUUAAGAUAUCAAGAAUCAUUACGGAUGCCACCACAAAAGAUGCUCUUCAGAUUUCUAUAGAUGUUAUAAACAAAGGAUUUGAAGCUCAGGAAUUUUCCAUAUAUGUUAGUAAUUGUAAACUUUCGAGUAGUACCCCAACAACAACAAGUGCCCUGAGGUUACUACAACCGGAUAUUAGCCAAACUGUAACCUUAUUAAUGCCUUUAAUAUUAGCAUCGAAAAAGAACAAACAAUUUAAGUGCGAUGUGCUGGUUAAGCCCAGUGAAUCGAAAGGUGAUGAUGAACCACCGAUAUAUAAAGAUGAUCCAAAAGUUGGAGUUAUUGCAAAAAGGACUAUGGCGAUUAAGCCCCAUUCGAGGUGCUUUUGUGUUUGGCGCUGUCGCUGCCAUUGCAUUGGCAAGUUGGAAACUUUCAUUAACUAUAAUGCCUGUGAGAGAAUGGAUGAAAAGUCGGAGAAAGAAGCUGGUCUUAUAUACAAUUGUCCUGGUAUUGAGCAUAACGAUGUGUGUAUUAGGGACAUUGACUGCGAUAGAGUCGAAGAGGUUACUUGCAAUCUUACUUGCCAAAUCAUAACCAUUACAGUACUUCUCUUAAUUUUACUGCUUUUGUUGGGAAUUUUAAAAGCAAUUUUCGGGAUCUGCAUUCAAUGCAUAGGUCGUUGUGGUUUCGAUACUGUGCAACCUGGAAGAACAUAUGAAUGCUCUUCCUGUAUAAGGAUAUUCUUAGUUAACUGCUUUUUCUUCAUCAUAUAUCCCUUUGCCUGUUGGUGUAAGUUCUUCCGACCCAAGACUAAGGACUUGAUGGAAGCUAGCUAUGAUUGGGAUUGUACUUCCCAAACUGAGGCAACUCCUGAAUGUUCCUGUGAUACAAAGGAGUCCCACUCAAGUUGCCGACUUCAUGGUGGCCAGGAUCAGAAUCUUAACAAUAACUUGGUGCUAGCCUUUGCUCCACUCCAUGAAAAUGGCUUGUUUAAAGAUGAGAAAUCCGAUGACGAGGAGAGUCAUUUAUUUAUUUUAGAAGUUUUGGAGGAAAGCAAAAGUUCACUAACUAAAAUGAUGAGUCAAGUUUUGGUUACAGACCAGAAAGUUGAGCAAUGUGAGGAAGGUGGUGCCCAUGAAAUAGCCGCUGAAGAACUAGUGGAAAGUCUUAAGAAUUCACAGGUUGCCUACAGGACAAUGAGUUCUCCAGUUGGCGGAGUAAUUGACAUUCCAGAGAACUGUCAAUAUUGUGUGAAAGGUUUCUUCUUGCAAACCCUGAACUCGACCUAUGAAUUCAUGAGCUAUCAGCCUUUAACACAGUUCGUAGGAAUCUCAGAAGAGAAUGAAGUUAGGAAGCUUCCUCAACCUAAAUAUAUCCACUCGAAUGAGUUCUCUAAGAUAUACAAUGAUAAAAUGGAUGUCUACAAGGCAGCUGAUCUCUCAGUGGUGCCUCCUUUGAAUGUUCCUUGUAUAAACAUCGACCAUGGAAACCAUUUGGAAAACUCUUUUGUCAAACUGGCAAAGCAACAGGAACUGAUAAAAGCUAAUCAACCUUAA